AUGGCGGCACGACAUAUUCAGCGACGACUCCUCUCGUUCAUCCUCUCCAAACCUGCUUCCCCUCAGCCUCGCGUAUUGUCUCGCCGAGAAAUUGUCUCCCAAAGUUCUCCUGCUGCAAGUUCAAUCUUCCGAAGAGAUGGUCAUGGCAGGAGGGGGAUUCAGACGAUUGCAGAAGGCAGUAAUCUGUCUGUUGAAGAUAGCAGCAAAGUUCAGUCCGAUUCCAGCUCCUCUAGUGCCGCCUCAAGCCCUGUUGCAAAGGUGACAUCUAACUUAAAGAUGUCCUCCACACAUGAUCUUGCAAUGCUCUUCACGUGCAAAGUUUGUGACACCAGAUCUGUGAAGACACUCUCUAGAGUAUCAUAUGAGAAAGGGGUCGUUUUGGCCAGGUGUGGCGGAUGUAACAAUGUACACCUUAUCUCAGAUAGGCUGGGUUGGUUCGGAGAGCCUGGGAGCAUAGAGGAAUUCUUAGCCGAACGAGGGGAAGAAGUUAAGAAAGGAGAUGCCGAUACCAUAAGCCUGACACUUGAAGAUCUAGUUGGGACGAAGAAGCUUGAUGCUUGA